UCAAAUUAACUAUUUAUCUCAUUUAAACUAUAAUUUGGCAUUGAAGAAAUCAAGUUUAACCUAGAAACAUAAAGAUCAGAACAAAUCCUGAACUUUUCCACCUUCCACUUUCCAUCCUCACGUGUUGGCAGAUCCCCAAAUAACUCGAAGUGAGUAGGAGGCAUAGGUAGGAGGGAGCUCCUCCCCUAACAUAACCUAACGUCUCCACAGUACGCACGUCCGCCACUUCAUUCAUUCAAACAGGACCCCGACCACCUGUCAGACCCGCGAGAACCCCGCUCAGACCCCCAGGUGACCCAGAAAUCAGGAUGUGGAACGAAAAGAAACAGACUCCACCUGCCGACCGCGGUCAGGCUGUGGCCCUCAUCAUCUUCGUGCUCGGUCUGGGAACUCUGCUGCCCUGGAACUUCUUCAUGACGGCCUCUCAGUAUUUCAACCAGCGCCUCACGGCACCAAACAUCUCCUCUAACGGCACAUCAGGCGUAACAACCAAAGACUACAACUAUGACAGCUGGAUGGCCUUGCUCUCCCAGCUGCCCCUGCUGCUCUUCACCCUGCUCAACUCCUUCCUGUAUCAGUGGGUUCGGACGCGUCUCCGAGUCGCCUUCAGCCUGAUCGCCAUCCUGCUGCUCUUCUCCCUCACCGCUGCACUGGUCCAGGUCCCCAUGCUGCCCGACACCUUCUUUUCCGUCACCAUGGCAACCAUCUGGUUCAUCAACAUGUUCAGCGCCGUGCUGCAGGGCAGUCUGUUCGGUGUGGUCGGCCUGUUUCCUCCUCGCUACAGCACGCUGUUCAUGAGCGGUCAGGGCCUCGCCGGGAUCUUUGCCGCGCUCGCCAUGCUGCUCUCCAUCCUCAGUAACGCAGAGAAACGCUCGGCAGCGUUGGGAUACUUCAUCACUCCGUGUGUGGCCACGCUGGGGACGCUGAUGUGUUACCUGCUGCUGCCUCACCUGGAAUUUGCUCGUUUCUACCUGAACAGAAAUCAGAGUGACAACGUGGAGACGCAGCAGGAACUCCUCAGCAGCUCAGAAAAGAAAGAACUCGAAGCCAAAGGGAAGUUCAUCAGUGAGCCGGAGGAGAAUCAGGAGCGCUCGUCCGUCCUCAACGUCUUCAAAAAGAUCUGGCUGAUGGCGGCGUGUGUGACGUGUGUGUUCGCCGUCACCUUGUCGGUGUUUCCUGUCAUCACUGUCCGAGUUCAGACCGUCUACAAGGACAGCCCGGCCUGGGACAAAGUCUUCACCUGCGUUUGUUGCUUCAUCGUUUUUAACGCCAUGGACCUGGUCGGCCGCGGCGCCCCUUCUGUCGUCCAAUGGCCUGCGAAGGACAGUGUCCUGUUCCCCGUCUCUGUGUUGUCUCGUCUCGUCUUCGUCCCGCUGCUGAUGAUGUGUAACGUCCAGAACGCCAGACUGCCCGUCCUCUUCCGUCACGACGCCGCCUUCGUCACCAUCAUGGCGCUCUUCUCCUUCUCCAACGGGUACCUGGCGAGCCUCUGCAUGGCCUACGCCCCGCAGUUGGUGCGCUGUAAGGACUGUGAGACAGCCGGGUCUCUGAUGACCUUCUUCCUGGUCCUGGGUCUGGCAGUGGGAGCGUCUUUCUCCUUCCUGCUGGGAACGCUGGUGUAAAGCAGCGACGAGUCACUAGCGAGACUCAGACAUCAGGAAACAAACAGGAUGGACCCGAGAAAAAAAGCACUUUGUAAUGGGACUCAAUAUUCAGAAAUAUUAUCAUUAUAAACACAUCUUUCCCUGCACUCAUUAAAAUACAACUUUUAGGGUCAGAGAGAUUAAAAAGAGAAAUAUUUUUGGAAAUCCACGUUUAGAUUAGGUAAAUGGGUUUUAUAUUUUACUAAAACAUAGACAUUAAUGGGUUAAUCGCCUUCAGUGCCUUGUUUAAAGAUGCAGUGGUGACAUCACAGUGACGCAGCGUUCCUAUUGGCUACAGAUUAAAAUCACCCACUGAGGUUUAACAGGUGCAUUAUUGUUGUUAUUACUGUAUUUAAAAGUUCAGGCUGAACUCUGAACUUUGUUUUUUGUUUAUUUAUGUUUUACUGUACAGGCAUUUGAAUGUUUUGAUAUAUUUCAUAAGGGAUAAUUUUUAUAUUCAUGUAUUUUAUGUCUCACUGUUUGUUUUGGGCCUGUUUGUACUUUUUUUUAUAUUAUUUAUGCCAUUUUUGUAUCAUGAUUCUGUCUUUUAUAAACUACUUUUCUGUUUGCUUUGAUAGCAAAA